GGUGCGUCAGGUCAGCCUCUAAAUGCAUUGGAACAACUAAAGGCCACCAUCGUCUUUCGAGAGUUUGUUUAACACAUUUAUUUACGAAAAAAAAUCCAACUGUCAUCAUAUGAAUAUUUUACACUAUUUAUACAGCAACCAUAUUUUUCAUGAUCUACACAGCAUUGAUUCAUCACGAUCUAUACAGCGUUAUUGAAAGAGGGCGAGGGCUUGGGCGAUCAGCUGAUUGGAGUAAACAACAACAAACAGACCGACACGUGGAUCUGCUCUGGAUGGAGACCUCUCACGUAUUUUCAGGACGUAGUGUGCCCAGACUAUUCCUCAAGAUGCUACUUGGCUCAGAAUUAUUUAAGUUAUGACUUGUUUGAUGAGAGAAGACUGAAAUUCAAACAUAUGAAAUAGAGUUGUUGUGCUGCUGGGAACCCCGGUGUUAGAUGCCACAAGAUGGUCCUUUUUCCCAGAAAAACUCAGUAGAUCACCCCUGGUCUUUAUGUGAUGGUGAGGCCAGUUUUCAUCCUGAAUAUACCCUGCUGAAAUGGAGAUUAUAUAAUAAAAGUACAGAACACAUUCAAGAUGACUGACCCCAAGGUUUUAUCGCUGUUUAACGAGUUCAACAAGAAAUACUUUUGGGGAAAACUGGACAAAGUGAGGGUCACAUGGAGCCCAAGGAUGACCCUAUGUGCUGGCAAAACAGCUUAUAAAGUGCGAGGCCGCUCCUUUUCCUCAUGUACAAUUCGUCUCAGUCAGCCUCUACUUACUCAAAGGCCACACUCUGAUACAGUGAACACACUCUUACAUGAAAUGAUCCAUGCUUAUCUUCAUGUCACACAAGGCCUUAACUACAGAGACAGUCAUGGACCAGAGUUCAGAAAACAUAUGAAAAGGAUCAAUUCUCUUCAUGGCUCAAAAAUAACUAUAUACCAUAACUUUCACCGUGAAGUCAACAAGUUCCGCAUCCAUGUCUAUCGCUGUGAUGGCCCUUGUGUUUCAAGACGUCCUUUUUAUGGAGUCUUGAGGAGAGCCAUUGAACGUCCUCCAGGACCCACAGAUAGGUGGUGGCAACGUCAUGCUCAAGAGUGUGGUGGAACAUUCCACAAGAUUGAAGGUCCAGGUGCCAAACCCAUGCCAAACUCUCAGAAAUUGGGUAACAAGCCAAAUAAAGAGAAAGUGCCUCAGUAUCAGUCAGAAGGGUCAUUUGGUAGCAAAAAAGUGGCUAGUUUCAAUCAAGGUAGAAUGAUAAAUAGUAAAGGAAAUAUGGAUAAGCACAAAUUAAAUCCAGGUUCUUCUAGUGCUAAAACAAAGGCUUUUGAUGAAGAAUCUGUGUUGCAAAGGAUUAGAGAAAAAUAUUCAAAUACAAGACAAACUAAACUCUUGUCCAUGGAUGAAACACCAGAUAUGAUUUUAGGUGCAAAUUGUAAACUUGUAGAAGGUCGUAUGAAUUAUAAUUAUCAGGCAAAAUCACCAACAAAAAUAAAAGUUGAUAAAUACAUAAGGAAGUUCCGACAAGCAAAGAACUUGUUUAGUACUGAUGACUCAGAGCCAGGCAGUAGUGCAAGAAAAUCAGUGGCACACAGCCCUGAUAAUACACAGAGAUCACAUAAUAUCCCAAGCUUAUCCGUAUGUCCUAUAUGUAGUGAAAGAAUACCUGAUGCUAUGUAUGAACAGCAUUUAAAUCAGUGCUUUGGUGAAGACAUAAAUUUUGACUCUGAGUUUAAUGAUGAGAAAAGUAUGGGAAGUAAAGCUGAAGCAUCUAUAGAUCAAAAUCAAGAUGUUUGGGAAGCUCUUUCUGACACUAAGACUUGUCACAAUUGUGGGUCAGUCGUCUUAGCCGCUGAGAUGAAAUUGCACCUCCAGUACUGCAUUGACUCAGAUGAUGAAGAUGAUGAGAGCUUUGAUGACAGAAACAAGAAAUUCCAUGAAAGUAAAGACUUUGAAGACAAACCUGGUCCUGGGAUUGUGUCCUGCCCUUCUUGCAUGGAGAGAGUUCGGGAAGAGCAGAUUCAGGAGCACCUAGAUCAGUGUUUGACCUUCUUGGCGGAAGAAUUUUAACGUAAGUUUGUUCUCUUUUGAUGUAGUCCAAUUUUCUUUGACCAUUUAGUGUUGAAAUUUAAUGGUGAUUUCAUUAAUCUGCUGUAUAUCAGUGUUAUUCUAAUAUGCUGUUAUUAGUACAUUAUAGCUUAUUACAUUAAAGGAUGCAACAUAUGUAUGACAAUCUUCCUGUCAAGAUGAUAUGAGUAUGUUAUUGUGUGGAAUUAUGUAAUGUUUAAUUUUCUGUAAGAAUUAUAAAAUUUCUAUAUUUAUGUAAUCAAGAUUUUGUAUAAAUACCAUUAAAAAAAAAUAUAUAUAUGCUUUAGAAUUUUAAACUCCCAAACUUUUCUAC